AUGUGGCCAGCGUUUUGGGUAGUGUCUCGGACGUACGCUCCAUACAUCAUGUUCCCGGUCGCCUUUGCUCUUGGCUUCAUUGGUUACAACGUCGAAAAACGAUGGCGUCGUGAACGAGACAAAUUAGAGUACCUGAACACAUCCGUCAAGGAACAACGCAUGGAGCGAAUAAUGAGCGAAACCAGUGCCUCCGAUCCUCUGAAAGUGCCCAGCCUUAAGGAAAAACUUUACGUGCCCGAAUCUAGUCUCGAAAGAAACCUACCAGCUGCCGAUGGCAAAUUCUGGUGA